AUGUCCGAAGUCCGGCAUGAGGCCGAGCUCUCCGCCUGGCUACCGGACGAAAAUGCGGUCAGCGGGUUAGCUCUCACCUCUGCCGUUUUGACCAUGUCAUGGCCAAAAGGUCGAUGGCUCCCAGUAGCAAGACCAUAUACACCAAUCAGUCCAUCAGAUCAACCUGGGUCUUUGGACUUGCUUGUAAAGCUGUAUCCAGACGGAAAGCAGAGCACACACCUGCACUCAUUAUCGCCCGGCGAAACACUCCUCUUCGCUGCUGCGCUCAAAGGCCCCGCAUGGAAGCCAAAUGCCGUUCCCCACGUCACGCUGAUUGCUGGCGGGGCUGGCAUUACCCCGAUCUAUCAGCUAGCCCAAGGGAUUCUGCGGAAUCCUGAAGACAAGACAAGAAUCACCCUCGUGUUCGGCAUCAACACGGAUGCGGAUGCCCUGUUGAAACCCGAAUUUGACGCCUUCGAGAAGGAGUUUCCCGGUCGGUUCGAAGCCAUCUACACCGUGAGCCGGCCAGAGGCGGGCUCUCUACUCCAACAGGGUCAUGUCACGAAGGCGCUUCUUGAAAAGGUUGCACCUAAUCCCACCAAGCAAGACACCAAGGUCUUUGUUUGCGGGCCACCGGCGAUGGAGGCGACGUUGGUUGGCUCGAGGGGUUCACCAGGUGUUUUGGAACAGUUGGGAUAUCGAAAGGAUCAGAUUCACACUUUCUGA